ACAGAAUCCAGCAUAGCCCACAGACCGCCACUGCAGCCACCGCCGCCACCUCGUAUUACUUUUAGUAGUUUCGAUGCGCGACCCGCCGCCGGCCUCCUGACGAAACCCAGCAGUUUGGGAUAGCAUUUAUUUGUCGAUGUGGCAAACUUCUAGUUGGAUACACGUUCGAUUUACACCCACCCAAAUUUUGUGGCCCAAUCAGAAUCAGCCAUGUGGUUCUUGCUAACGUUGGCGAGAGGUGUCCUACCUUCUUUCAUCCACAGUAUGUCACGCAUCCUUCAGUUCUCCAACACAUCAUGAUGCGACCUCUAUAAUUUGACAGGACCACAAGGUAGAAAGUUAUUUCUCGUUUUUCAUUUGGCGAAGCACUGUGGAGCUCGAGCAUCUACAACCACAAGCUAUGCUUCUACAUCUAGACUCCGCUACACUGCUACUAGUAGCGGUCUUCCUGAUGUCCCUAGAUCUAGUUCCAACGUCUCUUCAUCAAGCAUCUGCAAGCGGACCUUUCUCUACACAAGUUCUUAGAAGCAGAUGUGCCUCGCCUAUUCACGUGAUCCGUUUCACCACGAGAACAGCCUCAACCUCCGUCGUUAAGAUCAUCUUCUCCAUCUCAAGACCAAGAGCAAUAACCAUCGAGGUUCUUCAGAUUCAAACUAUCAAGCAGCACAGACAUGCUUAUCGACUACGGAGCAGCACUCCAAUACCGCCGUUCUCCAUCCUCCAUCAGCAAACCACACUUCUGCGAAUCCGCGUUCACCUCACCAUGUUCAGUUCCCCGGCACACAAGAAUUUCAACAACCUCAAAGAGGAGCAGAACACAAGGUCAUUGAAGCUCCAUUGAAGUCAAGAAGCUCGAAACCGCUAUCCGCCGAGCCUGCAGUUUCGGCUUCUCAGAUGCGUAUUGGAUCCCCUUCAGCACCUUCAUGAAGGGCAGCAAGGUCAACCCUCACCUUCCAAGAAGGGGGUUGCUUACUCGAGCGCCAUCAAGAAGCCUCCCCGUCCACCAUCCGCGAUUUCGCCUACCUCAUUUCCGACCAAAACCGCCAUCCGCCGACCCUGCAGUUACGGCUUCUCAGAUGCGUAUUGGAUCCCCUUCAGCACCUUCAUGAAGGGCAGCAAGGUCAACCCUCACCUUUCAAGAAGGGGGUUGCUUACUCGAGUGCCAUCAAGAAGCCUCUCCAUCCACCAUCCGCGAUUUCGCCUACCUCAUUUCCGACCCAAACCGCCAUCCGCCGAGCCUGCAGUUUCGGCUUCUCAGAUGCGUAUUGGAUCCCCUUCAGCACCUUCAUGAAGGGCUGCAAGGUCAACCCUCACCUUCCAAGAAGGGGGUUGCUUACUCGAGCGCCAUCAAGAAGCCUUCCCAUCCACCAUCCGCGAUUUCGCCUACCUCAUUUCCGACCAAAACCGCCAUCCGCCGAGCCUGCAGUUUCGGUUUCUCAGAUGCGUAUUGGAUCCCAUUCAGCACCUUCAUGAAGGGCAACAAGGUCAACCCUCACCUUCCAAGAAGGGGGUUGCUUACUCGAGCGCCAUCAAGAAGCCUUCCCAUCCACCAUCCGCGAUUUCGCCUACCUCAUUUCGGACCCAAACCGCCAUCCGCCGAGCCUGCAGUUUCGGCUUCUCAGAUGCGUAUUGGAUCCCCUUCAGCACCUUCAUGAAGGGCUGCAAGGUCAACCCUCACCUUCCAAGAAGGGGGUUGCUUACUCGAGCGCCAUCAAGAAGCCUUCCCAUCCACCAUCCGCGAUUUCGCCUACCUCAUUUCCGACCAAAACCGCCAUCCGCCGAGCCUGCAGUUUCGGUUUCUCAGAUGCGUAUUGGAUCCCAUUCAGCACCUUCAUGAAGGGCAACAAGGUCAACCCUCACCUUCCAAGAAGGGGGUUGCUUACUCGAGCGCCAUCAAGAAGCCUUCCCAUCCACCAUCCGCGAUUUCGCCUACCUCAUUUCGGACCCAAACCGCCAUCCGCCGAGCCUGCAGUUUCGGCUUCUCAGAUGCGUAUUGGAUCCCCUUCAGCACCUUCAUGAAGGGCAACAAGGUCAACCCUCACCUUUCAAGAAGGGGGUUGCUUACUCGAGUGCCAUCAAGAAGCCUCUCCAUCCACCAUCCGCGAUUUCGCCUACCUCAUUUCCGACCCAAACCGCCAUCCGCCGAGCCUGCAGUUUCGGCUUCUCAGAUGCGUAUUGGAUCCCCUUCAGCACCUUCAUGAAGGGCUGCAAGGUCAACCCUCACCUUCCAAGAAGGGGGUUGCUUACUCGAGCGCCAUCAAGAAGCCUUCCCAUCCACCAUCCGCGAUUUCGCCUACCUCAUUUCCGACCAAAACCGCCAUCCGCCGAGCCUGCAGUUUCGGUUUCUCAGAUGCGUAUUGGAUCCCAUUCAGCACCUUCAUGAAGGGCAACAAGGUCAACCCUCACCUUCCAAGAAGGGGGUUGCUUACUCGAGCGCCAUCAAGAAGCCUUCCCAUCCACCAUCCGCGAUUUCGCCUACCUCAUUUCGGACCCAAACCGCCAUCCGCCGAGCCUGCAGUUUCGGCUUCUCAGAUGCGUAUUGGAUCCCCUUCAGCACCUUCAUGAAGGGCAACAAGGUCAACCCUCACCUUCCAAGAAGGGGGUUGCUUACUCGAGCGCCAUCAAGAAGCCUCCCCGUCCACCAUCCGCGAUUUCGCCUACCUCAUUUCCGACCAAAACCGCCAUCCGCCGAGCCUGCAGUUUCGGCUUCUCAGAUGCGUAUUGGAUCCCCUUCAGCACCUUCAUGAAGGGCAGCAAGGUCAACCCUCACCUUCCAAGAAGGGGGUUGCUUACUCGAGCGCCAUCAAGAAGCCUUCCCAUCCACCAUCCGCGAUUUCGCCUACCUCAUUUCCGACCAAAACCGCCAUCCGCCGAGCCUGCAGUUUCGGCUUCUCAGAUGCGUAUUGGAUCCCCUUCAGCACCUUCAUGAAGGGCAGCAAGGUCAACCCUCACCUUUCAAGAAGGGGGUUGCUUACUCGAGCGCCAUCAAGAAGCCUUCCCAUCCACCAUCCGCGAUUUUGCCUACCUCGUUUUGGCGUCCACUGAGGCUUCGGAUAUGCAUCAUCACCCCCUUGACCGACUUCAUGAUGGGCAGCAAGGAGCCCCAUUGAUGUUGGCUGCGGAAUGUUGGCGCCUUCCAGCAACGAGAUUCAGUUCUACAACAACUUCAUCUUGCUAAGUUCCCUUUCCCAACCAUUCCUCCUCAGUAGCAUUCUCCCAUACCCACCAUUCCUCCACACCAUUCACUCACAAACCAUCAUUCGCUCAUAGUACCAUCCAGGCACUGACGUCAAUCAUUUACCAUGCCGUUCAAUUACCGUAUCAUUCAUUCAUCCUAUCAUUCACCCACCCACCAUUCAUCGCCCCAUCAUGUACUCAGCUGAGCCCACCGUUCACUCACCCCAUAGCCCCAUCAUUCACGCAUCCUGUCAUUCACUCACUUCAUCAUUCACUUACCUCAUCAUUCACUCACCUCAUCAUUCACUCACCUCAUCAUUCACUCACCUCAUCAUUCACUCACCUCAUCGUUUACUCACCUCAUCAUUCACGCACGUCAUCAUUCACUCACCUCAUCAUUCACUCACCUCAUCAUUCACUCACCUCAUCAUUCAUUCAUCCCAUCAUUCACCCACCCACCAUUCAUCGCCCCAUCAUGUACUCAGCUGAGCCCACCGUUCACUCACCCAUCAUUCACGCAUCCUGUCAUUCACUCACUUCAUCAUUCACUUACCUCAUCAGUCACUCACCUCAUCAUUCACUCACCUCAUCAUUCACUCACCUCAUCGUUUACUCACCUCAUCAUUCACUCACCUCAUCAUUCACUCACCUCAUCGUUCACUCACCCCGUCAUUCACUCGCAUUUCCCCGGCCUGGUAGAUGAUCCUCCUCGGGUAUGGGUAGCAGGACGUUACAGUAGGUUGUCACGAUUUAGGCUCGAUUUAGCCUCUCAGCCCUCUGCUGUGGCCGUCAUCCACAUUCCACCCGUUCAUACACAUUCCACUCAUCCACACACUCCAACCAUUCAUACACAUUCACUCAUCCACACAAUCCACCCAUUCAUACACAUUCACUCAUCCACACACUCCACCCGAAUAUACACAUUCACUCAUCCACACACUCCACCCAUUCAUACACAUUCCACUCAUCCAAACACACUCAACCCAUUCAUAAACAUUCCACUCAUUCACUCAUACUCCUCUCAUCCGCACACACCCCACUCAUCCACACUCAUUCCACUCAUUUACACUCAUUUCUCUCACAUACUCCACUCAUUGCGCAUGAAUGCAUUGUCAUUUGAGUUUCGUGUUGUUUGAUGCUGUUGUUUUUUCCUCUGCGGUUUUUGCUCGUUCUUGUUUCGUUUUCCAAUUCCCAUUUUGCACCCUGCUGUUUACUAACUUCUGUUCUUUGCCUUUCUUGCCUCCUCAACAGGAUGGUAGCACCAACGCUUAAGGGAGCAGACGCCAACGCCAUGGGGACAGACGCCAGCAGUUCAGUGGUUCCAACACCAAGGCAGCAUACGGAUGGCUGGUGUUGGCCAAAGUUGGAUCUUUGGCUGGUGGUGGCCAAGGGGUCAGUCCAUGCUGAUCCGUUGGGUCCGCGAAACGAGCCAUGUGCUUGGGAGUUACUGGAGUGGCUGGCUGCAAGCUAUCAUGAGUGAAGGCCUCGGCUCUGCUGCCCCCUCCUGUCCCCCCCACCAAGCAUUGGUGACGUCGUGCUGGCUACACAGACAGGCAGCUAGUCCAUGGUGGGGUGACCAUGGGUGGCUUGAUGGUGGCCCAAGUUGGAAAGGGCUUGAUGGUGGCCCAAGUUGGAUUGAUGGCUGAUGGUGGCCAAGGGGUCAGUCCAUGCUGGUCCGUUGGGUCUGCGAAACGAGCCAUGUGCAUGAGUGGUUGGAGUGGCUGGCUGCAAGCCUUGGCUCUGCAGCCCCCUCCUGUAUCCCCCACCAGGUCUUGGUGACGUCGUAUUGGCUACACGGAUAGGCAGCUAGCCCAUGGUGGAGUGGCCAUGGGUGGCUUGAUGGUUGGCCCAAGUUGGAAAGGGCUUGAUGGUGGCCCAAGUUGGAUUGAUGGCUGAUGGUGGCCAAGGGAUCAGUCCAUGCUGGUCCGUUGGGUCUGCGAAACGAGCCAUGUGCAUGAGUGGUUGGAGUGGCUGGCUGCAAGCCUUGGCUCUGCAGCCCCCUCCUGUAUCCCCCACCAAGUCUUGGUGACGUCGUGUUGGCUACACGGAUAGGCAGCUAGCCCAUGGUGGAGUGGCCAUGGGUGGCUUGAUGGUGGCCCAAGUUGGAAAGGGCUUGAUCGUGGGCCAAGUUGGAAAGGGCUUUCUGGUAGCCCAAGUUGGAAAGGGCUUGCUGGUGGCCCAAGUUGGAAAGGGCUUGCUGGUGGCCCAAGUUGGAAAGGGCUUGAUGGUGGCCCACAUUGGGAAGGGCUUGAUGGUGGUCCAAGUUGGAAAGGGCUUGCUGGUGGCCCAAGUUGGAAAGGGCUUAAUGGUGGCCCACGUUGGGAAGGGCUUGAUGGUGGCCCAAGUUGGAAAGGUGGCUUGAUGGUGGCCCAAGUGGGACAGAUGGCUGAUCGGAUGAUGGCAAAGCCUAUUGGUUGGUGGCAUGGCUUGGCUCAAGGGUGUGAGGGUUCGUGGUGUUCUCGCUAAGAAUUUGAACCCAGGCCAGACCGGUUCGGCUCUGUAGGGUGUGCACCGACUGCAGGCGGUGUAGCAUCUUCAGCUUAAUGGUUUAAGCGCAGAGCGGGGCUGCGAAGGGUACCUGGAUGUCUUAAGACUAGGAGACUCCAUGACACCUCGCAUUCAAGGGUCAGGCCAUUUGGGGAUCGGAACGGAAGGCUAGCCAUCAAAGGGUCAGUCCAUUCUGGGGUGAAAUGGAGGGUCGACCAACAAGGAAGGGGUUAAUUCAUGCCGGUCCGUUGGGUCCGCGAAACGAGCCACGUGCUUGGGAAAGGGUGCUGGAGUGGCUGGCUGCAAGCCAUCAUGAGUGAAGGCCUUGGCUCUGCAGCCUCCUCUUGUAUCCCCCACCAAGCAUUGGUGACGAACACGAACAGAUAGCCAGCCCAUGGUGAGGUGGCCAUGGAUGGAUGGCUGAGGGGUUUUUUUAGCCAGUUUACGGCAGUACCUGAACGCCCAGGUCUCAGCCCGUAGGCAUUGCUGCAAGCGUUGCUGAUGGGACGGAUUUUUUUACCUCUCUGGCCUUAAGCAAGCCUAAAUCCCCAAGGGGAAAAAAAAAAAAAAAAAAAAAAAAAAAAAAAAAAACAAACAGUGGAGCCAUGGAUGAUGAGAGUUGGAUGGUUGGAUGGAUGGAUGGAGGAUUGGGGAUGGAGGAUGGGUGGGGGCACAUCACAUCACCAUGGACAUGAAGGCUCUUAUAGUGCAAGUUCCCAGCACACACGGUGCAUGGGCUUGUAAUUUGCAGCCAUGCUACAGAUACCCAGCCCAGGCUCUUGUAAUAGUAGUCCUUGCCAUGUACGGGUAAUGAGUGCUCCUAUAUACUAUGUAUGUACUGCUGAUAUUCGAUGAAUAUAUGUUUUGGGAAUCU